AAACUUCUCUAAGAAAUAAUGAAAUCAAAAGUAACACAAAAACCGUUUCCUCAGGAAACGAUCAGCAAAAAACUAUUCCAAGACUGGAACUUAAGUUUACCACUGAUGAUUCCGAUGAGAUUGAGCUUACUAAAAAUCAGAAUAUAGAACUUGAUCUAAUACGUGAUUUACAGAAUUGUAGUAUCGUUGCUCCACCUAAUGAACAGCAUUUGACUAUAAAAUCUUCUGAAGUGUCUUGCAACCAA